UGGCACCUUGAUCAACUUGGACCGCGACGCGAGUUGCCCGCUGUCGGCUUCACAUACUACGGUAUAGUAUUGGUUACUACAACCAGUAUCAUUACCAUCACUACCUGGUCCAUGGCAGUAGGGCCUCAGUAAACUAUCGGGAAAUGAGCAUACCACAAUCGCUCACGGCCACAUUGAUCCAGGCCCUUUCUCAGAGCGAAGAGCUUCAACGUCGCGUCCAGGAGAGCAACGAAGCGCUUGAGCGCCUUAAGCAAGAGAACCAACGCCUAAAGCGCGAAGUGGAAGACUUGCAUCAGGCGCGUUCGAACAGGGAUGCGCCCGCACCAUCUCAGUUGGAGCAGUUGUUCACUCAGAAUGCAGAAAAGCAAGCCGAAAUCGACCAUCUAAAGUCGAAGCUCCGCCUGGUCCAGGCCAAGGAGAGAAAAUGGCGACUACAGAACCCCCAGAUCUCAUCACCGAUGGUCUCCUCGGACGAUGUCGAGGCCACGACGCCUGCUUCGGUGUCUCGGAAGCGGCCUCGUAGCAAGACCCCCGACGCACAACGGCCAUUACGGGAAAUCUCAGCAAAUGCUCGGCCAGCCAAAAGUGGCCCACCGCCUAAGAGGCUCAGCGAUGCUAGUAGGGUCGCAAUAGCCAUCCCAGCUUUCACGGAGGAUGGUGAAGACCAUAACCGAAGCAGUCCUGAUCCAGUCAUGGAGGACGACGCCGAAGGAGAUCGGGACGGCUCGGCCUCCCGCCGGUUGCAGGAUUUGCUCUCUGGCCCUCCUCCCGCCACUCCACUCCUUCCACGCCCUGUAACCGGACAUGCAACUCCCGCUCGCACACCGUUGAAUGUACGGGACCAAAACAACUCUCGACGAGCUACAUCGGCGAGCAGAAGCCCGGUGAAGGGGCAUUCAAUGUUACCGCCGAAGCCACCGCCACCACCAUCAGAAGACGAGGAGCCCUUCCGCUCCAGGCCUGUCCACCGUCUGAAUCUGACGCAUUUCAAGACUAAUCCGGCCUAUACUGGAGACCAAGACCGUGCCUACGACGAUGUCGUUCGUGGCCGUGGGCAAUGUUGUGGUAAUAACUUGCCAGUCUUGGCCGCAACUGUUUCUCCAGACAAAGAUGUAUCAGAAGACGACCUGCUGGCGGAAUUUUUCGGGCCUGGCGCCGACGCCAAGAUACGAAACUUGACUCGAUUGGAAAAGGACAAGCUCUUAUUGGAAGCACGGACGAAGCGACACGCCGAUAAGUGUGGGCAAAUGACCACGACAACCGUCGACCGUCCGCAGAGUCCCCCUGGGUACUGGAACACAGACAUGCCUGGAACGCAGGAGGACAAUGAGAAUCGCGAAAAGACCAGAAUGAGGGAAAGGGAGGAAGUGGAAAGAAGAUAUCAGCAGGCCAUGCGGGGCGAUGGCCGUUGGCUAUUUGCAGAUGAGUGAUGAGUAGACUAUUUACAGUGUUGGUAAGGCAAGUCAAUUUGAUUAAAUGGCAGAUCGAUACCUAGGUAUCAGAUGCUGGUGAACUGGAAUCUCCGCCCAAUACUAGUAGGACCAAGAUCGGAGUCCUGCAACUGCUCCAUUUCUCUAGUACGUCGCAGGUCCGGAUCUCUCAAGUGUUCUGGUGCCGGUGUUCCAUCUGCCCCUUUCCCCUUUUACGCAUAGAACGCGCCACCACAUGAGGCCGCCGUACAGGUUCCACGCCUCCUGGCGGUGCAACCCUGCACACUGCAAUCAUGCCACCACAACUUGAAUGACACCCGUGGCAUCGGCGGCUAAUGCUGUCGUGGCAUCCUCGACAUCGCACAACGACCGACACUGACAUCACGUCGAUAUAUAUCGUCUCCCGUGCUACUAAUAUGCGCACAGUGCUUUGACGCCUCAGAGGGUUUUUAAAGCAACUUUUCUUCUUGUGGUCAAUUAAUAUUACAUCUACUUGUUCAUGCCCGGCUAGCUACUUCCACUGCUGCGAUAAGACGUGCUGGGAUACCAUGUCGCAUCGUGAUCUCAGGUUCCCUCUCCAGCAAUUUUGUGCCGCAUGACCCGACCGUACAACGCCACUUUUUGCCCCCGGCCGGCCGCCACCGCGUGCCCUGCUCCUCAGAAGCUCCAUAAGUAGCCUUCGAAAUACAGUUGCAAUGUCGAGAGAGCAAUUGCACGCCGAGGGGAGUAACUCAAUAAUCUCAGCCGGAGGUUACAUUUGAAUGAGGUACACAUAUGUACACAAAGGUUCGGACAAGUGGAAUCCUUGCCAGUUGCAUCAAGUCAAGAGUCAAAGAUUGGUGCGAAGAUUGGGACUCCGCGGGAUUCAAGAGCAUACACCACGUUUCUCGUGACCCUGGGGUUGGAAAUGAUAAACACAGCCUCUGCGCCGGACGAGACAUACAUCUCGUAGGUCAGCCUGACGAGGUUAGGUCGCCCGGCAGCAGUGGUGUUGAUGAUGAUGGCUUCAGGAUCGGCACGACGGACAUGCUCAAUCACUGAGGUCGAAUACGUGACCUCAGGGUCUGGAGUCGACCAUAAUAUGCGACAGGAUACAUCUCCCUUGCACAAGAGCGACAAUAUAGGGCCUAUACCGGAGCCUGUGGCAACCAGGACCAUCCUCUUAAAGAUGGGAGCCACAUGGAGGACACCCAUGGCAGGUAUUCCUCGGACCCACAGCUUAGUUGGCGGGGAUUUGAUAAGUCGUGAAGUCCAGUCGCCAGCUUUUGAGACAAGCACAGAAAACCCCUGGCCAUCUUCUUCUGGAAUGCCUGCAAAUGCAUGCCAUUCCACGAGUGGGCUGUCCGAGAUUCGAGGGGCGGCACAGAGAGGAAGGUUGGUAUGUGUGAAGUGGAGACGAACUGCAUGGUCAGAUAGAGGUUCUGCAUGGACUGGGACCUUUCUGAGCCAAACCCAAGGGAGAGCAAGGGAAACCGUGGUCACGACCAGAGUCCAGAAUACAGGACUGUAUGCAAUAGCCUCUUGGAGGCUAACAUUGGCCGCUGGGUCGUGGCCCCGUUCAUCAGCAAGCAGCCCGAACUGGAUCCAGAACAGAGCGACGGCCGUCCAUCCUCCGAAGCGAUGCACCAUCUCGAACAUGUUGUGCAUCCUUGUGCGAACAGCAGGGUGAGCGGUGACAAUGAUGGAAAGCAGCAAGAUGUCAAGGAUGACAGUGAUGACUGGAAUGACAGUCUGAUGCGUGUGGACUGCCCUGUCACGUAAAACCCGGACAAUGGCAAUGUUGAAGAAAGCAAACCAAAGGACUGCCGACAUCCCUGCACCGCUGUGAACGCCACCAAGGUGAUAUAUCUUGGCAGCCAUCCGACGAAUAGAUAAAGGGAGCCAUUUGGGACAUUUACCGAACGUCCAAAAGAGUGCGUUGAUGACCAUCUCCUGUCGAAUCAGAACCGCGACAGUCAAGUUGAUCGACACAGCUGUAGCCGCAGACUCGGGUGACAUGGAAAUGAGUUCAUGCCGAACAGCGAGUACAAUCAUGGCAAUGACAUUGGCAGCUAAGACCAUCAAGUUGAGGCGGCGGUAGACAGAAAGGAUCGUCCAACGCAGAUUCCUUAGUACGCGGUUGUACUUCUUGUCUUCCAUUGCUAUCUCGGGGAUCGGAUGUUUCUCGAGCACAAGAGAUGAGGCACUUCUGGCCGAGGACGCAUCAGCUUGUACUUGCUUGCCUCUUGCUGAAUCUGGGUCCGCAGGGCCCGGGAAGGCAUUCUCUCGCUCUGUGCUCUCAGAGAAGCGAGGAUGGCAUCCAAGAUCACCGGGUAAAGUAUGCUUGAGAACAUUGGCUGUGGAAUUGACUGCUGGUUCUGGAUUGUAUGGCACAGCGGUAGGCUCAGCGGUGAUGCAACGGGCUCCAGAGCCGAGAGGCAACGUAGUCAGCGACAUGCUGGGCUUACUGUUCCAGUUGGUUUGGUCAGUAUUGGAUUGACCACACGAGGCUAGUUGUUUGAUAUUAGGAAAAAGUGAAGUUUUGUUGAGCCAGCUGAGCCAUGGACAUUGUUUACCCGUGGCGCAAAGCUGAAGGGAGCAUUGACCAAGGGCAUGUGGUCUGAGCAGAGUGAGCAGGAGGCGCCACUUACAGAUGACAGUUCUUCCCUCAACUGAAAGAGAAUUAACUGCCUGGUGUCAAAGGCGCUGUCCGCCAAGUGUAACUUUGCUCGUGUCCUCCAGGAACUGAGAGUGCGCAGCAAGGAAUUUUGGUUUAUUCUCGGUCGACGGCGAGGGGAGGUCAACGCGGACAGGAACUCGAGGACAGAAUAGCGAUCGAUGGAGGAUAUUACAUAGGAGAUGCCGAAUGGAGAAGAGGGGUCGGAGGCAACGAGAAGAGGUAGUCGUGGUGACCGGAAGAGGAGGCGAAGAAAAUGCAGCAAAGGCAGCUGAGGGUGACUCGAAAACGUGGGCAAUGAGAAAUCAUGCAGCCGAAGCCGAAGGAUGACAGAAAAUGAGCCAGCAGCACUGGCAACUGAUUCGAAGGCAAGCGAAAUACCGCAGCUGCAGCGAGUGUGCGAAAGAAGGCGGGAGACACAAAGACAGUGAAGGUGUGAGAACUCGAGUUAAUGAUGGGAUGAGGUGUUGCCGGUGUAGGAAGAGUAGGGCAGUCGUAGUGGUCGUCACUCGACCAUUUGAGGAACUUCAAGUUGAACGUGCACUGCACUGGUAGGUAGUGAAUGGCACCGUACCAGGUGCCAGUGCAGUGGGAGUAGCAGGCAAGAAGAAAUGAUAUAGUACUAGUACCGUGGACCUCAUUGCAGGUAACUGCGCUUUCCACCCUG